UCCAAAUUCUCAAUCUGAAAAAAAUGUGGUUUUUCUUCUUCUUCAUCACAAUUGUCGUCUCACUUCUAAGAGAAACCACAGGACAGUCGGUAAAGCAAACAACUGGCAUUGUGACAGUUACUGAAGGACAACCCGUUUAUCUCAAUUGUUCUUACGAAGCAGAGUUUAGUGCCACACAUUACCCAUUCUGGUACAUUCAGUCUCCUGGUCAGCCUCCAAAACACCUGUUGAAUUCAUAUUUGAAAACAGCUGAAGGCUUCCAAGCUACUCACAAUGCCGAUGAAAACAGAAAAAAUGGGACUUUCAACAUGCAGAACCCAUCCAUCCAAUUGAAAGACUCUGCUGUCUACUUUUGUGCCUUCGGAGACACAGUGAGACAAAGUAGAGGAGAAGCAAACCAAAAAGGUCCAAAGGGGGAGAAAGGCAGCAAAGGAGGAAACACAGGACAGUCAGUGAAGCAAACGACUGCCAUUGUGACUGUUACUGAAGGACAACCCGUUUAUCUUCAUUGUUCUUAUGAAGCAAGGUUUAGUGGCUCAUACGUCCUAUUCUGGUACAUUCAGUCUCCUGGUCAGCCUCCAAAAUACCUUUUGGAUUCGUAUUUGAAAACAGCUGAAGGAUUCCAAGCUACUCACAGUGCCGAUGAAAACAGAAAAAGGGGACUUUCAACAUGCAGAAACCAUCCAUCCAAUUGAAAGACUCUGCUGUCUACUUUUGUGCCUUCAGAGACACAUUGAGACAAGGUAGAGGAGAAGACAAUAAAAAAGGCCCAGUGGGGGA